AUGGCAUCAUUUGAGGCUACCAUCAGCCUGAACCAAUCACGGGCGGCGUUCAUUGAACGCAUCUAUAAGGAACUGCUCACCGAAGAGGCGAAAAGCCUCACGAUCUCGAAUCUCCAGAGCAAACUUGAAAUCCUGGAGACCUAUUGGGAAAAGUUUGAGAGCACCCACGAGAAGCUCAUCGCCAGCAGUGGCAAAAUCGAAUCAGUUCUUGAGAUGCCGUACCUCAAGGACAGAUGUUUCGACCAGACCAUCGUGCACUAUCACGAGGCUCGAGGAACCUUGAACCAGCUCAUCGACCAACGAGGAAUCUCAGGAUCAUCUCGCCGCUCUCUUGCACUCGGAACAGCUCAGCCCACGUACUCCAAGCGAUAUCUCCCGGAAAUUUCCUUGCCUAAAUUCGGAGGAGCUUACGCCGAAUGGCGCUCAUUUCGCGAUCUCUUCGCAUCUCUGGUCGGCUCAAACUCGGAUUUGUCCAAUGUCGAGAAGAUGCAUUAUCUUCGCACUAGCCUCUCUGGGGAGCCAGCUCAACGCAUUGCGAAUCUCACGAUUUCGGAUGAAUCGUUUUCGAUCGCCUGGGACCUGCUCCUAUCUCGGUAUGAGAAUGAACGACUGCUCAUUUCAGCUCAUUUGGAGCAGCUCCUCAGUCCCCCAGCAAUGACAGCUCACAGUGCCAAGGAACUGAAUGCUCUUCUCACCACCGUCAGCGAAGCUCUAAAUGCCUUGGAAGCUCUUGGGUCUCCGACAGCUCACUGGGAUCAAAUCCUCGUUCACACGGUCUCACAAAGGCUCAGUCUAAAGCUUCGUGAAGCCUGGGAAGUCAAGGUCGGCUCAUCCUCGGAGUACCCAUCCUUCAAUGACUUCAAGGAAUUCCUCACUGGGAGAGCACGUGCUAUGGAGAGUAUCGAGAUCAACUCGACUUCUCGUGCUGCUGCCUCUAAGCAAUCCACGGCCAGCUCAUCCAAGCAGGGGGCCUCUGCGAAGGUUCACCACGGCACCACUCAACCAACGCAGAGGUCUAGACCAGCCCAAAGGUCUGCUCCAACUGGGAAGGUCACGUAUCCGUGCUCCAUGUGUGAGGCGGAUCAUUACCUCACAUCCUGCCCAUGGUUUCGUCAGCUCACCAUACCAGCACGUAGGGAGGUCGUCGAGAAGCACUACCUCUGCUACAACUGCCUGGGACGACACUCUGUCAAGGACUGCAGGUCAAAGCUUACCUGCCAAUACUGUGGGAAGCUCCACCACUCGAUGCUGCACAGCCAGCCAUCGAGCCAACCACAACGCCCCGCUCAACAAAAGCCACAGAACAGCUCAACCCAGCUUAAACCUGUCCCUGUAGUGACCUACAUUCAACAUGGGGACAGGACUGAGGUCAAGGCUGAGCCUGCAGGUCCAGCUCCACCUCCAUCCACUCCAGCCAACCCCGGCACGUCAUGGGCAGACCAGCCAGCUCCAAGCCCAGCGCAAGACUUCCGUCCUGGUGUUCUCCUGGCUACCAGCCUUGGGUUUCUGGUAGGUCCAGGUCGUCCAGCUCAUCAGGUUCGCCUACUCAUUGAUCCCGGAUCGGAAAUCUCAAUCAUCUCAGAUCAACUCGUUCGUCAGCUUGGGCUCUUAAGACUUAAGACUCAGCUGCGAAUCUCGGGAAUUGGAGACGCAACAUCUGGGCCAGCAUUAGGCAAGGUUCAACUCACCAUACAGUCCACUCACUCUAACUUUCAACUCAGGGUCUCUGUCUAUGCUCUCGACCAGCUCACCACCUCAUUACCGACAUUCACAUGUAGUCAGCUCACAUGGGACCACCUGGAGGAACUCCAGCUGGCUGAUCCUGAUUUUCUCACACCAGCACCAAUUGACAUCCUUCUCGGCGCUGAUGUCUACGGACAGCUCAUUUUACCGCGAGUCAUCACCAAUGGACCGCACUCACCUUCAGCUCAGCGUACGCAAUUCGGUUGGAUUGUUUUCGGGCCCACGGAAGGCCCCAGUUCAGCUCACGCCGUGACAGCUCACGCAGCGGUCUCUAACGACGACCUCAACGACCUGCUCACCAAAUUCUGGGUCCAGGAGGAAAUUCCUGAUACUCCAGAAGUACAGCUCACAAAUGAAGAGGCUCAAUGCGAAGAGCACUUCAAAAGAACUCAUUAUCGUGACAAAUCAGGACGCUACACAGUCCGGAUACCGCUCAAGGCACCAGUAGAUCAGCUCGGGGACUCAAAGUCAUCCGCUCUCGCCUGCCUGAAUCGUCUGCUCAGAAAGCUCGCCCGUGAUGAGAAGUACAGUCAGCUCUAUUCAGCAUUCCUCAAGGAAUACGAGGACCUGGACCACAUGCGUCCAGCUCAAGCUCAGCUCACAUCGUCAGCAAAGGUACGGCUCACAGGAGGGUGUUCGGCGCUCGGGAUGACCUUAGCACAUGAAACCUCGGUUUCAGGAGGGUUGAGGGUCCCGAGCAGUCGGCACUCGACUCAAGCUCACACCUCUCACUCGUAUUUCUUCCCUCAUCACGGGGUUUUUAGGGGAAGCAGCGAGACGACAAAGCUCAGGGUCGUCUUCAACGGCUCCAACAAGACCAGCUCAGGGAAAUCACUCAACGACAUCACUCAUACUGGUGCCAAACUCCAAAAGGACAUCUCGGAUGUUCUUUUGUAUACUCGCAGAUUCAGGCUCAUCUUCAUGACGGACAUCACCAAGAUGUUCCGUCAGAUCAGAGUACAUCCGGACGACUGGCCGCUCCAACAAAUACUUUGGACCAACUCACAGGGCGACAUCAUCCCGUACCAACUCACUACCGUCACGUACGGUACCAGGUCAGCUCCAUUCCUCUCGGCACGCGUAAUGCUCCAGCUCGUAAAGGACGAGGGGCAACGCUACCCUCUUGCAGUGGAUCCGCUCACGAAAGGACGGUACGUGGAUGACAUCUGUGGAGGUGCUGAUUCUGAUCAAGAUCUGCUCAAGACAGCUCAGCAGGUGACACAGCUCUGUGCCGCAGGGUGUUUACCACUUGCAAAAUGGCACACGAACAGCUCAGCUCUGCUACGCUCACUUUCACCUGACAGCACUUCCACUGAUACUCGCGUCAUUGAGGACUCACUCACCAAGAUCUUGGGGGUUUCAUGGCAUCCAGGAACGGAUCAUUUCAAGUUCUCGUCAGCUCAGCCAGAAACCAGCUCGAUAACGAAGCGAAUCAUGCUCUCGGAAACAGCUCAGCUCUUCGAUCCACUCGGGUUUCUCGCCCCAGUGGUAGUCCGAGCCAAGAUCUUACUUCAAUCGCUAUGGAUAGAGAAACUCGGAUGGGAUGAUCCGGUUUCCCCGGCAACUGCUCACCACUGGCGCCAAUUUCGGGCUGAACUCUCACAGUUGUCGGAGGUCACCAUUCCAAGAUGGCUUGGACUGCUCAAAGAUUCCGUCGUGGAAAUACACGGAUUUUCCGACGCCUCUCAAGUGGCGAUGUCGGCCGUGGUAUAUCUCAAGGCUUUCAACAACGGGAAACCGCAACUCACACUAGUCUGCUCAAAAACGAAGGUCGCACCGCUCAAACGACUGACAAUCCCACGGUUAGAACUCACUGCAGCUCUUCUUCUCGCCAAACUGACCAAGUACGUCAGGGACCAACUCAACCUCACGAACGCCACAACUUAUCUUUGGACGGACUCAUCGGUCACGCUCACCUGGAUCAGCUCUCACCCAUCAAGGUGGAAGGAGUUCGUGAAGAACAGGGUAUCACUCAUUCAGGACCUCACUCAGAAGGCUCACUGGAGAUUGGUACCAGGCAAGGAGAAUCCUGCAGAUUGUGCAUCUCGAGGUCUAUCUGCGCAUCAGCUGGUCGCUCACAAGCUGUGGUGGACAGGGCCAUCAUGGCUUCAACAGGACAGCUCAUCAUGGCCGACGCACGCUUUGGAAAAGGACCUUAGCGUAGACCUCGAGGAAAAGCCAGGAGUUCUCUUGCAUGUCAAGACUCAACCACUCGCUCUCUGGGAUCUCAUCGACAGAUUCUCAUCGCUCAACCGACUGCUCAGGGUCACAGCAAUCUGUCGAAGAUUCAUCGCUCGACUUAAGAGAAUCCCGCAUUCAUCACUUCAGUACCCGCUCACACUUGGUGAUCUGGAAGAGGCUAGGAUCCUCUGGAUCAAACUCACUCAGGCAGCUCAUUUCAAGGACCAACUUAAAGCGAUCUCACGAGGGGAGAGGUUCAGUAAAUCUCACCCGCUCACCAAACUCACACCCUUCAUUGAUCACUCAGGGGUACUGAAGGUAGGCGGACGGCUCAGGUUUGCUCAGAUUAGCCCAGAGAGCCGAAAUCAAGCCAUCAUUCCGAAGGAAUCUCAACUGGCCCAACUACUCAUUGAACAAGCUCACCUCAGGACACUCCACGGGGGAACACAGCUCACCUUGCGGCAGCUCCGAAGCAGCUACUGGAUACUCGGAGGCCGGGCUCCAGUACGCUCCUUCAUACUAAAAUGCGUUAAAUGCACUCGCCAACGUGGAGUACGAGCCCAACAGCUCAUGGGCCAGUUGCCUCCAGCCAGACUCACUCCCACUCGAGCCUUCCUCAACACUGGGAUCGACUAUGCCGGCCCAGUGGCUCUACGGUCCUGGAAAGGGCGAGGACACAAGUCUUACCGGGGCUGGUUGGCCAUCUUUGUCUGCAUGACCACCUCAGCGGUCCAUCUCGAGGUCGUGUCAGACUACUCAGCCGAAGGGUUCAUCGCAGCGUAUAGACGCUUUUCAAGUCGGCGUGGUAUCGCUCAUUCCUUGUACAGUGAUUGUGGAACCAAUUUCCUUGGCGCUGACAAGGAACUCAAGCAGCUCUUCUCCUCAGGAUCAGCUCAAUCCAGACAGCUCGCCCAGCUUCUCAUCAACGAUGGGACUCAGUGGUCAUUUAACCCGCCAGGCGCUCCGCACUUUGGAGGGAAAUGGGAAGCAGCGGUGAAGUCGGUGAAGUUCCAUCUCACCCGGACUAUCGGACAGGAAUUGCUCACUUUUGAGGAACUCACCACCUUGCUCGCUCAAAUCGAGGCAGUGCUCAACUCACGACCACUGGAACCGCUCACAGAUGAUCCUGAUGACUGCUCAGCCUUGACACCUGGACAUUUUCUCAUCGGUCAAGCUCCCACGACUCUUCCAGAGCCAUCGUUAGAGCAACUCAACGUCACGAGACUCUCUAGAUGGCAGCUCAUUCAACAGAAACUGCAAGGAUUCUGGAAGAGGUGGUCCACAGGAUAUCUCCAACGUCUUCAAGCGAUAUCCAAGUGGCACCAUCCGACUCAUCAACUUCAGAUCGGCUCACUGGUUCUGCUGACGGAUGAGAGAUUCCCACCAACUAAGUGGCCUCUCGCCAGAGUGACUGCCCUACACCCAGGAAAGGAUGGACUCACCAGGGUAGUCACUAUCAAGACAGCUCAGACGACGCUGACGAGACCAAUCGCCAAGCUCGUCCUCUUGCCCAUCUCACCUUCAGGGAGAUAG